GGCCGAUCUUCGCGGGUCUUUAUUUCGCUCUGACUUUGUGUUUUCAACACAGCUUGACUAUUGAUUUUUAACGAAGUGAUGGAUCUACUCGAGUGCGAAUGGGGCUCUUGUGAAGAAAAGUUUCCCCUUUCAAGUUUUCAAGACUUCAGGGAGCAUUUUGAAGGACAUUUAAGAGGAAUUUUCCCGGGAUAUCGAGCGGGUUUCUCAGAUGAUAAUAUACCAGAAAAUUUUACUUGCUUUUGGAGAGACUGCGGUUGGGAUUCUCCCAUUGACGCCGGUGAUAUAAUCCGUCAUGUCUUCUUCCACGCUUUCCACACUAAAAUAAAGCUUGAAGGGUACAAAAAACAGCAAGAAAUGAAACUGACGCCUUGCACUUUAGACAGUCAAAGCAGAAAUCUUCUUCCUGACAUUCCUGAACCGUUUCUCUGCGAGUGGAAAGAGUGCAGUGUUGAGUUCAACUGUCCUACGCUUUAUUACAGACAUGUUGACAGUCAUGCUUGGGCUGUGGAUAAGAUAUACGCAGGAGUUGGAGAAAAUGGCAGAAAAAAGUACUCCGUCACUUGCCAGUGGGAGGGUAAGGAUCUGCCAUCUUUGACUAGCUAAGCGUCGUGAUUGUUUGUUAUGGAAUAUACCAUGAACAUUUAACACUGUGCUAACUCAAACUACAUAUCAAAUUACUUAAACUCUGCUGGUGAAUUCUAUUCUGAGUGCUGUAGCACGCAGUCAAUCAUAAGUUUUUGGUAUACUUUGUUGAUUUCUAUUUUAGGUAUAUGUCGAGGUUUAAACUUUUCAAUUUCCCUGGCUCUUGACAUCACCUCUUACCAGUCACAUUCUUUGUCCUACCGGUUACCAUAGAAGCUUUGUAAAGCAAAAUAUUAAACUUUACUAUUCCUCUACUAUGCUAUUUUACAAAAAUAAAGUUACAGAAUAUUAAAAAUAUGCCCUGUACCACACUGUAUAACAGGGCAAAAAUACAGAUGGAAAGUGGGUAUCUCAUCUCUAAGUAGUUUCUUCUUUUUUUUUUCAAGGAUGUAAUUUUACAACUGUAAACCACUACAAACUUAAAGAACAUUGUCGAAGUCACACAAGAGAGAAGAUUUUUGCCUGUGUGACAUGCGGUGGUAUGUUUGCAAACAAGACAAAGCUUGUAGAUCACAUGGUUCGACAGAAUUCUUCAGGAUGUGAGUAAAUUUUGAUCAUGGUAAUUGAUUUUACUCAAGUUUUCAUCACUUUAAUGUUUUCCUUUUGAUUUGCUUUGUUGCAGUCGAAAGUUUUCAAUGUUCACACUGUCUGAAGCACUGUGGCUCUGAGCGUAUCUUGCGUGAUCACAUGAGACAUCAUGGUACAUAAGUAAAGGAUAUUACAUGGCAGCAUGGAGAUUUGAAAUUUCUCUUCAAUUGUUAAACAGUAUUUCAUGGCUGAGUGAAGGGAACAAUUAAAUACUUUUCAACAUGUGAAGAGAAAUAUUGUAUCUCCAAGCAGCCACAUAAUAUUCUACUUACUAUGUUAACACCAAUGAAGUACUAAAUCAUUUCCCUUUAAUAUUUUUUUAAGUGUAGAACAAUGUGUCACUUAAGUAGAGCGUGUCACAGCUGAAAAGUGGAAGAAGUGCAGGGCCUGCAAAGCAUGAUCAAAAUUCAAAUUUCUGUUACAAUGUAUUAGUUUGAUAGUUCAUCUGCCACCUUAAAAUAUUUGAAUAAAUGGUUAGACAUUCAAGUCUCCUCUGAUACUGUACUGUGCUGGUUAGCAGAGAACUUUAAAGAAGUCACAUAUACUUCUUGUAAAGAGUAGGGAAUUUAGCCCCUGGUGAUAAAUGAAAAAUAAACUCAUUUCCAAAAGUGUGAUUCAACUUAUUUUAAUUACAAAGAAAUAAAACCACCUUACAUAAAUGUAUGUAAUUGUUUAUUAAAUUUUAUUUGCAGUCAACAAUGUGAAGUGUCAGUUCUGUGACAUGACCUGUCCAAAUGCUUCAGCCCUCAAGCAACAUGUCAAAUUCAGACAUUCGGAGGAAAGACCCUUUAAAUGUGAUGUGUGCAGUUACACGUGAGUGCACUGUCCAAUGGACAGAGUAACAUGCGGUUAACUUUUUAACUCCUAAGAUCUGAUUGAUAAUUCUCCCCUCCAGCUGCAAUGCAUUUCCAUGUAAAGUAGUGACAAGAAUUUGGUGUCAGAUCAAGAUAACAACUUCUACCUGAUCAAUUUGUGUAUUCUCAUAACCUGUUUGCUGGAUAAUGUAAGGAUAUUGUAAGGAGAAGUUACAUGUUUAUCUCUUCUGGGAGUAAAAGGGUUAAAUUGAAAAAAUGAUUGAUACAUUCAAAGAUGUUGAAAACCAACCAGUCAAACUAGAGCAUAGCGCUUCCUAAGGUGUCACACAACUUCUGUGAAGACUGGCAGCAUACAAAUUAGAAACAUUUGGGUUAAUAUCAAAAGCAAUUGUAUUGAGACAUGUUCUUUUUCCCAGAAUUUUGUGUGACAAGACUAAAUAAUGGCUGGGAAAGAGAAUUACAGAAAUCAGGCAAUGCACAAAAAAAUUACUUUUUUUUUUCAUUUUAGCUGUAAAAUGCAAUCAGAUCUGCGGCGUCACCGUGAAUUCCACAAUGCUGUUUUAGCUUAUCAUUGUGAUUUUGAGGGUUGUACCUUUUCUGCUCGUGCCAUGCAAACAGUGAAAAGGCAUCAGAAAGUUGAUCACCAGGUGAGGUAUUUGUUGAAUGUUACUAUCAGUAGUGAAUUGCUAGAUGCAUUGUUUUUCUUUGUUCAUCUGUUUACUUUUGUCUUAAAAUACAUUUCUAGGGAAUUGAUUUGUACCGAUAUGAAUGUCAUGUUUGUGGACAGCGAUACACAAGAGGAUCUGGGUUGACCAACCAUCUGAAGAAAAAACACAGGUUCAGUUGGCCAGCUGGACAUCCAAGGUUUAGGUGAGGUGACAACACAUUAUUUUGCUGAUUAUUAUAAUGUAAAUACUAAUGAUGCUAAUAAUAGCAGUGAUAAUAAUGGUAAUAGGAGCAAGUGGAUUCCAAUUUGAUCUGUAAUUCUAUGAGUGAUUAAGCUUCAUAUUUUUAUUUGUUUGGCAAAAUCACUUGUGUAGCUUGCAGCGUGAGUGUAUUUUUGACUGACCAAGUUUAGAACUUCAUCAUGAAAAGUUUGAUUACCAACUUGAAUUUUGUAAAGGAGAGGAAAGUUUGGGAGAGGGGUAAACUUUUGCACCCCCCCGUCCCCUCUCCUCCCAGUCUUACCCCAACUCAAACAUGGCACCUUAAUAAACAAUUUUAAGCUUUGUAAAACUGACUAACCCUUCUUGAUAAAAUUCCUGACCUGAAGAGUUAUUUGAUGGAUCGGUAAGCCCAAAAAGGAUAGAAGAGUAGUCUGUUGCCUCGACAAAAUGUGGUAUGCAGAUUUCUAUGGGUUCAAAGGUGCUAUAGGCAAUAGUCACAUGGUUAUGUUCAAUGUCAUGAUCUAAAGUAGAAUUUCAGUGAAGUGCUGCUAUGUAAUUUUGAUUGGAGUGGUCACUGAAAAUGUUUUGACUAGAGGUGAAGCAGAAGUGUAUUCUGUAUUUAAUAGAGCAAUUCCUGUCCAUAACUGUAGAUACAAAGAGUGUGAUGACGGCAUUUGUCGACUUCAAACUGUGCGCUUUGAGAGUCUCCAUUUGUCACAGCUGAUGAAUGAACAGGAAGGUGCUGGGAACACGGAAAUGCAAGCAGGUGACUCCCCCCAGGAUUGCAUAGACUCUCCUGCAACCUCAGGGGGGUCACCAGAAUCGAAUGUUGAGGGGUCACCCUUUCUUAAUAGAGGGGAUCACCCUGGAGAGCUCAAUUACCAAGAACUUCUGCAAGAAUGGAAUGAAAGUAACAGUAGUACACAAGACAGGCGACAUAACGGUGGAGGACCAAUAAGGAGUCGUGUGAUGGGGAGAGUUUCAGAAGCACAUCCUUAUGAGAGAUCAGAGUCACCUGAACUGGAUUUACCACAGACCUUGCUGGAUCUUCAAGAUGCUGCAAUCAGGCUUGCCAAUGGACAAAAUUAGAUCAGUUUUAUUAAUUGUAAAUUCAUGAUUAAAUUAAAUGAUUGAAUAAUUAACAACUAUUCACCAAAGUGGAGGAAGCUAGUGAUGAAUAUUUACUGAGCUGCCUAUUAGCAAGGUAAAUAUCCACAGCUAGCUACCAACACUGAGGUGAAAAGUUGUUUUAGUAUUUACUGAAACAGUGAGUUAACAUAGCACAAAAAAGAUGAUUUGAACUCAUUUAUUCCUGUUAUGAUUACAAUAUUUUAAAUUGCAAAUCUUGUGCAAGUUGCUGGAGGGUGAUUAGCAAAGGAUAUUUGGAGUUAGAGUAGUUAAUCAGAGCACGCCUUCAACUCUAUCAACUGUUUUAGUAUACACUUGAAAAAUUUAUACUCAGUAGCUUUUGUUUAAAUGCCACUCUUAAGAGACUGUAAAGUAAGAACCAACAUGUACAUCACCACAAACAGUACCACAAGGAAGGACUGCAAGCACUUUAUUUACAUGAUCACACUGAAGAAAGCUGGAAUCUUGCUGUUCAGUGUAAGAAAAAGAGUCACAGGCUUUCAUGUUGAAGCCAAUUUUUACCACAUGGAGGUGUUUAUUCCAUCCAUAGAUGUACUUGUUAAUGUGGUACAUUAGAUUAGAUUUCAAUGGUCGCUUAUUGCGGUUGUCCUGCUAACUUCAAGUUUGAGGCCUUCUCUUGAAGCACAGUUAACUGUGUCUCACUAGACUACCCCCAUUAUUUUCACUUUCUUUAACCCUUUAAAUCCCAUAGGGGAUUAGCAUGUAACCUCUCCCUCUGAUAUUCAUAAAUUGGUUUUCAACAUCUUUAAAUGUAUCAAUCAAAGCUAUUUAAGACCCACUAAUUUUCCAAUUUAACUCUUUUACUCUUAGAGGAGAUAAACAUGUAACUUCUCCUUACAUUGUCCAGCAAACAGGCAAUAAGAAUACUCAAACUUUUCGGGUAUAAGUUGUUACCUUGAUCUAGCACCAAAUGCUCACAAAUAUUUUAGAAGGGAAUGUUUAGCUUCUAGAGGGGAGAAUUAACGAUUACAUCUUGGGAGUUAAAGGGUUGAUUGAAAGGAACACCUUAUGGUUUGUUUUACUGA